AUGAGUGGUGGCGAUGAUAACUUUUCCCGUCGUGCAGCCGGUGCAGCUCUCCCACUCAUGGGGGUGGAGCGAGGGGGUGGCGGCGGGGGCGGCACGGGCGCAGGCGGGGCGGAAGCAGCGCUCAAUGGCGCCGACGAGCCGCCUCGUAAGCGCCCCAAGCUCCUGUCCGAAGAUGCGCACGCAUUGCGCAAGCGGAUACUCGAGUACAAGUUGCUGCGACUGAAAAACCUGCGAGAAAGGUUCACGGAGCAACUGAGCGAGCUGUACUUCCUGCAGGCGGGCGGCAACAUGAUGGAUUACGCGGCGUGGCGAAAGCGGCCGCCCGCGCCGCAGCUCGUCGCGUUCCUCGAGGCGCGCCGCCCGCCGCCAGCCGCCCCGCCACCGCCCGAGCCCCCGCCCGACCCCUCGCUCUCGCCCGCACCCGCACUUGCGCCGCCUCCCGCCGAGGCGCUCGUGCCCUCACACGCGCCCCCCUCGGCGCCAUUAGUGGCGCCCGUUUUCGCGCCUACACCAUCACCUACACCUACACUUGCACCUGCACCUGCGCCUGCGCCAACGCCUGUCGCUGAGCCGACUGCGUCCGCCUCGCCGGGGAAGGCCGCAGCUUUGGCGUCCGCGUCCGCCGCGGACGAGAUGGUGGAGAAGGCCAAGCAGGAGGCGUACGUGGCGGCGCGAGUGGCUGAGCUGGCACGCGCCGGCCUGUGGACGGAGCGCCGCCUGCCGCGUGUGCUAGAGCCGCCGCGCCCCAAGACGCACUGGGACUACCUGCUUGAGGAGAUGGCCUGGCUCGCCCAAGAUUUUGCACACGAGCGCAAGUGGAAGAAGCAAGCCGCCAAAAAGUGUGCAAGGGCGGUCCAAAAAUAUUUCCAAGACAAAGCUCUCGCCGCACAGAAGGCUGAAAAAGCGCAAGAACUGCAACUGAAGAAAAUUGCAGCAUUUGCGGCUAAAGAAAUUCGAACUUUCUGGUCUAAUGUUGAAAAGUUGGUAGAAUGGAAACGAGUGCGGCGUGUGGAGCGUGCGCGAAAGGAAGCACUAGAUGAACAACUGAGCUACAUCGUGGACCGCACGGAACGCUACUCGCGGCAGCUGGCCGCCAACCUGAACCGCACGGCGGAUGCGCGGGCCGCGCCCGACACUCCGCCCUCCGACGACGAGUUCCAGCCGCGCGGCUGCUCCGACGAUGACGAGGAGACCAUCGCGGCCGCCGAGCGCGAGGCUGCGCACGACGCCGCUGACCACCGCGACGAGCUGGAGGCGCUGCGCCGCGAGUCGCACCUCGACCUCGGCGACCUGCUGCCGCCCGGCUACGUGCCCGCGCACUCGCCGCCGCCCUCCGACUACGGGCCCGACGACGACUCCGCCGAUGACGAGGACACCAUUGCGGAACAGGAGCGCGCCGAGCGCCCCGAGGACACGGCGGUGGAGGUCGCCGCCCUGCAGGACGAGGCGGAACUUGGUCUCGACGAACUCUUGAAACGCUACGCCGGCCCGCCUCCGGACCGGUUCGUCGACGAUACCGACGCCUCGACUGUCACCGAAGUCGACGGCGAUACGGACGAUGAUAAAAAUGACGAGGACGACGUCGACGAGGAAGAGAACGAUUCGGAUGAUGAUACUCAAAGUAUGAUGUCCGAUGAAACGUCUACGUCGGAGGCGCUCGAGGCGCUCAUGGAAAUCGAACCGAACGUCGGAGUCGAUGGCGAACAAAAGGUGAAGAGCUCGGAGGCGGCGCCAGAAGCGGCGGAGGUGGGCGAGCAGAAGGUGGAGGCAGCGGCGUCACUGGCCGCGUCGCUGCAGCCCACGGGCACCACGCUGUCGGAGACGGCCGUGGGCACGCCGGUGCCGCGCCUGCUGCGCCACGCGCUGCGGGAGUACCAGCACGUGGGCCUGCACUGGCUGGCCACCAUGUACGCGCGCGGCCUCAACGGCAUCCUGGCCGACGAGAUGGGGCUUGGCAAGACCAUCCAGACCAUCGCGCUGCUGGCGCACCUGGCGCUAGAGCACCGCGACUGGGGCCCGCACCUCGUGGUGGCGCCCACCUCCGUCGUGCUCAACUGGGAGAUGGAGUUCAAGAAGUGGUGCCCCGCCUUCAAGAUUCUCACAUAUUAUGGGACAAUAAAAGAGAGAAAGUUAAAACGUGUCGGGUGGACGAAAGCAAACUCUUUUCAUGUGUGUAUAACUUCUUAUAAGUUGGUAGUGCAGGACCAUCAAAGUUUUCGUAGAAAAAAGUGGAAAUACCUUAUUCUUGACGAAGCACAGAACAUUAAAAACUUCAAAUCACAAAGGUGGCAGAUGUUACUAAACUUUCAAACAGAGAGGCGGCUGCUACUGACGGGCACGCCGCUGCAGAACAGCCUGCUGGAGCUGUGGUCGCUCAUGCACUUCCUGAUGCCCGACGUGUUCGCUUCGCACUCGGAGUUCCGAGAGUGGUUCAGCCCCGUGGCCGGCAUCGCGGAGGGCUCGCAGUGCUACAACGACGCACUGGUGCGGCGGCUGCACGAGGUGCUGCGGCCGUUCCUGCUGCGGCGGCUGAAGGCGGACGUGGAGCGCCAGAUGCCGCGCAAGUACGAGCACGUGCUCAUGUGCCGCCUCGCCAAACGCCAGCGCUUUCUCUACGACGACUUCAUGGCAAGGGCCAAGACGAAGGAGAGCCUCGCGUCGGGCAACUUGCUGAGCGUGAUCAACGUGCUGAUGCAGCUGCGCAAGGUGUGCAACCACCCGGACCUGUUCGAGGCGCGCGCGGUGAGCUCGCCGCUGCAGCUGGGCGCGUUGCAGCUGGCGGUGGCGGCGCGCGUGCUGGGCGCGGGCGCGGGCGCGUGGCGCGCGCUGCGCGCGGCGGCGCGGCUGGGCGGCGAGCUGGCGGCGCGCGAGGCGGCGGCGCCCGGCGCCUUCGCCGCGCACCGCGCGCGCCACCUAGCGCCGCCGCGCCGCGCCAUCGACCACCUCGACCACCCGGACCACGCGCCGCCCCUGGUACGUUCCGUGCUCUCAUACACCCACCCAAAUAAUAACUAUAAACUGUUAUGUAUAUGCGCCACGUCCGCCGGCGUGCGCGCUGCGCUUGCAUUUGCGGCUGGUGGCGCGCGCGCCGCCCGCCACGUCUGGCGCCGCGCCGCCGCCGCGCGCGCGCUCGCACCGCCCCGCUCGCCGCCACCCGCCCCGCGCGCCGCCCCGCCCGCCGCGCCGCCCGUCGCCCGGGGCGCUGGCGCGCGCGCGGCCGCCUGGCGCCGCGCCUCGCUGCGCCGCCUGGCCGCGUGCAACGAGCGGCGCUGCUGGCACCUGCCACUGUACGGCGCCGACCUGCGCGCCGCCGUGCACGUGGGUCCGCCCGUGCUUCCGCCGCGCGACCUCGCAGAUAUGCUGCACGACAUGCACGACAUCAUCGACAGGUUCAGCAUGUGCUGUGGUGGCGCGCGGGCGGCGUGCUGCGAGCUGCGCUGCCGCGGCGGCGGCCCGGAGUACCGCGCCUGGCGCCGCCGCGCCGCCGCCGCCGAGCGCGCCGCCGCGCCCGCCGCGCGCGCCGCGCUCGCGCAGCUGCACGUGCCCGCCGCGCGCCAAGCCGUCGCCUUCCCGCACCCGCGCCUGCUGCAGUACGACUGCGGCAAGCUGCAGACGCUGGACGCGCUGCUGCGGCGGCUGAAGGCGGGCGGGCACCGCGUGUUGAUCUUCACGCAGAUGACGCGCGUGCUGGACGUGCUGGAGGCGUUCCUGUGCAUGCACGGCCACGCCUACCUGCGCCUGGACGGCGCCACGCGCGUGGACCAGCGCCAGCAGCUCGUGGACCGUUUCAACGCGGACGCGCGCCUCUUCGCCUUCAUCCUGUCCACCCGCAGCGGCGGCGUGGGCCUCAACCUGACGGGCGCCGACUGCGUGGUGUUCUAUGACUCGGACUGGAACCCUACCAUGGACGCGCAGGCGCAGGAUCGGUGCCACCGCAUAGGCCAAACGCGCGACGUGCACGUGUUCCGCCUCGUCACCGCUGCCACCGUCGAGGAGAACAUCCUGCGCAAGGCCGAGCAGAAACGCAUGCUGGGCCACCUCGCCAUCGAGAAUGGCCACUUCACCACUUCUUACCUGCGCCUCUCGAACAUCAAAGAGUUGUUCGGCGGUGAAGCGGGUGUGGCGGGUGAAGGCGGUGAGGCGAGCGAGGCGGGCGAAGCGGCCGAAGCGGGUGGAGAGCUGGAGAGCGCGCUGGCGGCGGCCGAGGAUGAGGCGGACGCGGCGGCGGCGCGUGCGGCGCGCGCUGAGGCGCAGGGCGAGCUGGCCGAGUUCGACGACGCGCCGCCCGACGCCCCGCCGUACGCCGCGCAGCACGCGCCGCCCGCGCGCACCGCACGUCCGCCGGACGACGCGCGCAGCGCCGAGCUGGCCGAGCUCGCCGCGCUCAUGAACCAGGUCACCACAUAA